AUGGAUCUCGUAACGAUCCUGGAACCGGGCGGAGAGGAUUUCUUCUGCGACCAUUUGGGUAACCGCUUCCCCCAGGACAGUGUCAUCUACCCGGAGGACGGCGAGUCUCCCUUGCUUGGGCCGCCAUUGAUUCCCUGCCAACUGUCGGCGGCCUGUGACACCAGCACCUUCCCGUUUGGUUUCCGCACCGCGCACAAUCUCCAUGCGGCCGUCAAUGCGGCCGAUCUCUUCCACUAUGGCCCGGUUCUGACAGAGAACCGGCAUCACUCCUCUCGUUGUCAUGCCAUCUACCGCGAGUACAUCUGCCGGGUCUUCUUUCCCACCUGUGAUUCCGACCCUACGGCCGAGCUCCGGCGGCACCCCUUCUGCCGAGACGGCUAUUUGUGCCAGCAGGCGGCCCUCAUCUGUGAUGAGGAAUUCGCCAACACAUACAUGCUCUGCGCCGACGAGUCACUUCCCCUUUGCCCGAAGACUCCGGCCCGUAUUCCCGGAAGUGGCUCCGUCUCUCACUCGCAGGAUGGGUCCUCCAGCUCCGAUGACACGCCUGACAACAACAUCGACCCAUCGAAGUUCCCCCCCGGCCUGAUCGCCGCCCUGGCACUGGGAACCAUGCUGGCAGUGGUUGUCUUUGUCGGGCUCUUCAUUUUCGCGGGCAUCACCAUGCAACACCCGAAGCCCAGCCCGUCGGGGGGCUUUCCACCGGCAAAACGCCGGCGGUCGCGCCAUUGUAGUCACCCCGGGGACCUCUGCCCCCCGGGCUGUCCCACCGCACAGGCAGCCGAUAAGCCCGACGCCACGACGGCCUCCGGCAUGCCGGAUCUCCUCCCGACACGCAGGCGCCAUGUUUCCGACAUCGAGAAGGAGGGCUACGAGCUCACGGAAAUCGAUGCCCUCCCCGGUACAUUUGCCGCCGAUGCCCCGCCACCAGCUGACCUCGGCCUCUUUGACCAUGCCCCUUCAAGUGCCGGCUCCUCGCCCGGCUCCUCAACUCGGUCGUGGUCGCCCCGGUCGCUGGCAGCCAGCUCGCCAGCCUCUUUUGGCAUGGAUCUGGAGGAGUGCUUGUCCUCGGGCCUCGAGGGGGGGAUUGAGUCGUGCUUGUCCGAGGAGUAUAUGCCGCCCGGGCGGGGGGGCUUCCCCGGAAGUCGCGACCUGUCUCCUGGGGUCCUGCAGCACAGCGGGACCUCGCCUGGGGCUUCCUCCGGCCUGGAUACCAACCUCUCUCAUUUGGGUCUGGCCAGUGGCCUGCACACGCACUUUGACGCCACCGGCGAGGCAGGCCACUUCUUCCCUCGGAGUCCUGACGUGCCGCUGCCCGGGACGGCAGAUGGCACGAUUUCCGGCGCCACGAGCGGCCCGAUGCCGACCGUUCCGCGCCUGAUCGUCACCAUGGCUUCGCCCAGCAGCGAAGGGUGGGAUGACCCGGGCGAGGCUGGUAUCGCGCAUUCCUCCUCCAUCGAGUACUCUGCCUCUGGGGACAUGGCGUUUGCCGGCUCAACGGCGGUGCCCAUUUCGCAGCAAUCUUCAAUGUCACAUCCUCAACAGGAGCUGCCUGGUGGGCAUGCCCAGUCAAGCUCCCUCGAGUCGAGCCCCUCCCUCGAGCCGGCCAGCAUCCUGCCGCUGGAGUUGCUCCCAGUACGCGCGGUGCCGGGGACCCCUCCUCCCCUGGCUGCUGGCGAGGAGGAUGAAUCUUUCCCGGCCCAUGCGCUUCUUCGUGUGCCGACGGCCAUGCGGCGAAAGCGCUCGCGCCGCAGUGGUGCCCCAUCCGACUCGCACAUCACUGUCCCGACGGUGUCCCAGCAGCAAGCGACACCUCCCCCGGUGGAGGUCCCGCCGGAGCAUGCCAGCGUGCCGAUGGACGAAUCGGCCAGCCUGUAUGGCGAGCUGCUGGUCGGACCGGAGGGCAUCCUAUCACGGGCCACGUCGCCUGGCGAUGGGUCGCGGUCGCGCUCUCGGUCACGGUCGCGCUCCCGGUCGCGGUCGCGGUCGCGGUCACAGUCGCCCACUCGUUCCGCCGGCGACGCCAGUGCCGGUGCCGAGCGUGUUUCUUCGCCCGAGCAGCGCACGUCCCCUGUGCCAGCACCAUCGGCGGCCGGGGCCUCUGCUGCCAUGGUGGCAGCAAUCCCGGUGACUGCCAUUCCCCUUCCGGCCCCCCCGCCGCCUGCCAAAACCAUGCGCCGAUCGAGCUCGACCUCCAGUCGGGCAUCCACCUCGUCGGCGUCCUCCUCCUCAUCCAAUGAGCUGUCUGGCAGCAUGGGGUCCCUCUCUGGUGGUGUGGGCCCCAGUGCGACCCCCUCACCGUAUCUCCAUGCGCUGCGCCAGCUGGUGGCCUUGCGCGGAGAGCGGGUUCUCUUUUCCAUCGACGCCACCGCCGGGCUGGGAUGCAUUCACUAUGCGGCGGCCAAUGGCGACACUGAUGCCCUGAAGUACAUUCUGGAGUUGACGCUGCAGCAGGGGGCCGGCUCGACCAUCGUCGACAUGUUGGACCGAUCCGGCAUGACGCCGCUCAUGUGGGCAGCCCACUAUAGCCAGGUCUCGGCGAUUCGGCUUCUUCUCAUGCAUGGCGCGAAUAGGCACCUGGUCACGGCCCAGGGCGAGAGUGCGCUGCACUUUGCGUGCACAUACUCUGCCAGCCCGAUGGCUCGCGCGCUGGUGGUGGCCCUUUUGCUGGACCUGAACCAGCUACUGGGACCGAUUGAGGCUGCCCUCGGUCAGCCGCCGCUGUUGGCCGAUGGGCCGGAGCCCUUGGCUUCCGGCUCACGGGGCGCACGCGACCCACCCGUCGACAGGCCCUUGUCGGCCCGGCUGAAGCGCUGUCUUGACAUGUUCCCGCGCAUGCGGCCGGCGUCACAGUCCUCGGCUCUCUUCAAGUUGGUGGCUCGGCUGGGCGGCGUCCGUCAAGAGCCGGCCCUGAUGCUGGCCAUUCGAAAUGGCCUGCUCGAGGUGGUGGUCCUGCUGGUGCGCUUCUGCGGGCCGAGCAGUCUGCUUUUCACCGAUGCCGAUGGCAAUGCCCCGCUGCAUUGGGCGGCCGCGCUUGGCCAGCUGGACCUCGUGCAAUUCCUCCUGAGUCUCGGGCCGCUGUUGGAUUGUCAGAAUAUCCGCGGCGAGACUCCCCUGCACCUGGCCACGAUGGAGCGCCACGCCCUGGUGGCCGAGCGCCUGGUUCAGGGAGGCGCGAAUGUCCGGAUUUUCGAUUUCCAAGGACGCCUGCCGACUUCGGUGGCUCUUACAAGACCACCUGUCACCCUGGUCCCGCCGGUUGCCCGAGAGGUUUCCCCGCCGCCCCUCAGCCAGUCGAAUCCCUUCCUGCUCUCAGUGCAUCGACUGAUGGAAGACCUUCGGUCGUCCCUUGGCGGACGGGCCCUUUGGCUGUUGGACUCGACUGCCGGCCGCACUGUGCUUCACUAUGCCUGCGAGGCUGGCGACACGCAGUCUGUGCGGGAAAUCAUCCUCCUCUCUUCACAACUGGGGCAAUCGUCCGAUCGACCCACCCUUGGGCCGAUCACCAGCCAUGAGCAAUUCCUCGCCCGCCGUGAUGCGGCCGGUAACAUGGCCCUUCACCUGGCUGCCCGGGCCGGCUUCGAGGACAUUGUCCGCCUGCUUGUGCAGGCAUAUCCGGCUCCCAUUGCACACCUAGAUGGCGCCGCACAUGGGCCGCACUUUGGCGAGACGCCCCUGCUGGCAGCUUGCCGUGGGCGCCACCUUGCGUGUGCAGCCAUUUUGCUCGACAUGGGUGCCAAUGCCGACAUCGCCGACAACUCCGGCGAGACUCCCCUCUUUGUGGCCUGUCUCACGGGAUCCCUGCCCCUGGUGGCGUUGCUGCUGCUGUCGACAUCGGCCCUGCUGCCGGAGGAUCUCCGCUGUGCAGCGGUGGCCCGGAUGCGGUCGCCUGAUCUUAACCGCCGAUCGCACGCCGGGUCCGGGCGCACUCCCCUGUUGGCGGCCGUUCAAAUGGGCCAUACAGGCAUUGCCCUGCUGCUUCUGCGCCCGGGGCUCCUUCUACGGGCCCCCCUGCCUCCGGGUCUGGUGGCCUACUUGCGGGCGGUGGCUCAGCUUGACAGCGUGCGCUUUGCCGGGGACCUGGACACCCUGGCGACACCAAGUCGAGGCGAGCCCUUGCAGGAGUGGCUGCGCAACCCGCUGUAUUUGGCGGAGCUGACUGCCCUGCUUCGGUCGGUGGCCGGCUGGACCGGGGCCCUGGCUCGGCAUCCCAUCUCUGCGCCGGGUCCCGGGCUGCAUCGGGAUCUGGCCGGGGCCCUGGCCAGUGCCGGGCUCCGAUCCGAUCUGUCGCAUCUUGGCCUGGCGGCCGAUCCGUUGGAGCGUGAUCGUUUUGGAAAUACGUCGCUUCACUGGGCCGCGGCCACGGGCAAUCUACCGCUGACAUUGGCCCUGGCGGCUUGCUUGCUGGUGCGCACGGAGCUCGGCCGGACGUUGCUGCUGGCCGCGGCCAAUGGGAGUGGCGCCCCCAAUACUGCGACCGCCCCCAGCCUGGAGAGCCCGAACUCCGGGUCGAACGAAUACAUCCCCGGGGCCGGGGCGCGCUACUGGUCUGAACAGCUGGCCGGCUUCAAUGCUCGCGACUUGAGCCCCGUGGACCUGGCCCGGCGCGAGGGGCAUAGUACCAUCGCGACAUUGCUGUCGACGCCCCUUGGGCCGCCUGAGCAGGAUGCCUUGCGGUCAUUGCCGGCCCCGGCUUCGUGAGCCGCAUGAGCCGAGAGAGCCGCCAUGGAGGGGAGUAGUCUCCCUUUCCUUCCUCCCCCCCCCCCCUCUU